UCUUCUUCUGUCGUCCCGCACUGGGCCACUUCUCCUGUAUGGUGGAUAUCCUGCUCAACACUUCUUUCUUGGAUGAUAUGGGGGAUCAUUCAAAAAAGAAGUCGGGAAUCGCAAUGUGUGUGGGCUGUGGAAGUCAGAUACACGACCAGUACAUCCUGAGAGUCUCCCCGGACCUGGAGUGGCACGCAGCCUGCCUCAAGUGCGCGGAGUGCAGCCAGUACCUGGACGAGACGUGCACUUGCUUCGUGCGAGACGGAAAGACUUACUGUAAACGAGACUAUGCAAGGUUAUUUGGCAUCAAAUGUGCAAAGUGUAACAUGGGCUUCUGCAGCAGCGACCUGGUGAUGCGAGCCCGGGACAGCGUCUACCACAUGGAGUGUUUUCGGUGCUCGGUGUGCAGUCGACACCUCCUGCCCGGGGACGAGUUCUGCCUGCGGGACGAGGAGCUGCUGUGUCGGGCGGACCACGGUCUGCUGACGGAGCGGAGCUCUGCUGGGAGCCCGCUCAGCCCGGGGAGCAUCCACAGCAGACCGCUGCACAUCUCAGAACCGGUUUCGGUCCGCCACCCUCCACAUCACCGGGGCCACGUCCACAAGCAGUCCGAGAAGACCACCCGGAUCCGCACGGUGCUGAACGAGAAGCAGCUCCACACCCUGCGGACGUGCUACAACGCCAACCCGAGGCCGGACGCUCUGAUGAAGGAGCAGCUGGUGGAGAUGACCAGCCUCAGCCCCCGGGUGAUCCGCGUCUGGUUCCAGAACAAGCGCUGCAAAGACAAGAAGAGGACCAUCCUCAUGAAGCAGCUGCAGCUGCAGGAGCACAGCGACAAAACCAAUCUGCAGGGCCUGACGGGAACCCCUCUGGUGGCCGGCAGCCCCAUCCGACAUGACAACACGGUGCAGGGGAACCCGGUGGAGGUGCAGACCUACCAGCCUCCCUGGAAAACCCUCAGCGACUUCGCCCUGCAGAGCGACCUGGACCAGCCCGCCUUCCAACAACUGGUGUCCUUCUCUGAGUCCGGUUCUCUGGGCAACUCCUCGGGCAGCGACGUGACCUCCCUGUCGUCGCAGUUACCGGACACACCGAACAGCAUGGUGCCGAGUCCCGUGGACACGUGA